UCCUUCUUUGCGUCGCCCCGUUUGAUUCUCUGUCCUCUCUCUCUCUCUCUCUCUCUCUCUCCCCCCGCUGCACGUCCGAUCUGCGCCGUGUGGUGUCUCAAAGAUGGAGGGGUGGGACCCGAACACGAAAUCGACGCUUACCCAGAUUCCCCUGCUGACGGUGAAGGCCGGGCCGAGGGACGGCGGCGCGUGGACGCAGCGGCUGAAGGAGGAGUACAAGGCCAUGAUCGCCUACACCCAGAUGAACAAGUCCAACGACAAUGACUGGUUCAGGAUCUCCGCCGCCAACCCGGAGGGGACCCGGUGGACCGGCAAGUGCUGGUACGUCCACAACCUCCUCAAGUACGAGUUCGACCUCCAGUUCGACAUCCCCGUCACCUAUCCCGCCACCGCCCCCGAGAUCGAGCUCCCUCAGCUCGACGGCAAAACCCAGAAGAUGUAUAGGGGAGGGAAGAUAUGCUUGACGGUGCACUUCAAGCCCCUGUGGGCCAAGAACUGUCCCCGGUUCGGCAUUGCGCAUGCACUCUGUUUAGGAUUAGCUCCGUGGCUUGCUGCAGAGGUUCCCAUACUUGUAGACUCAGGUAUGAUUAAGCACAAAGAUGAUGCUGCAUCAUCCACUGAAACAUAAGUCCGAUCUUGAGAUUGUAGGGGGAAAAGGGCCCCCAUUUAGAGCUCCAUAAUUAUAUCGAAAGAGAAAAUAAGUACUGCAGUGCUAGUGGCAAUUUGAACUAUGGAUAUUUGCAGUCGUGUACAACUCUUUGAGAAGUGUGAGUUACAGAUAGAGCUAUAAUUUCUCACUUGAUUUAAGACUUUUGAGACUCCUGGUAGUGUCUUCUCGGUUAGUAUUCCUGUAUAUUCCUUUGGAACCUGUUUUUUGUUGUGGGACGAUACCUGGCAAUGACCGGGGAAGAAAAGAUCCUGACUCUCAGUGGUUCAUUACUCACCUAGUUGGGAAAUUUUGGAAAAUGAUCUCAAUUUGGUUUGUUCGAA